UCUUUGCUCUGGCAGCUGAUGCCAUGGUGAGAGGGCUAGUCCUCCCUCCUCAUGUGGUUGGUUUCCUGAUUAAAAGUGAUUAGGCAGCCCUAAAGCCUGCAGAAAUGUGACCGAGAGGAAUGAAGACAAAGAAUCCAUUCAGGAUCUCUUAAAUCCCUAGGGCAGUAUUUAGAGAGCCCUGAGGAGAGUACUGGAGCAGAACCACCUCACCAGGAUCUCCCUGUCCUUCUCUCUCCCGUUGCACCCAUCGUUUCCAACAUCUCCUCCACCAUGUCAUUCUCUGAAGCAGAGGUGCAAAGUGCCCGUGGCGCCUGGGAGAAGCUGUUUGUGAAUGCUGAGGACAACGGGACAACUGUGCUGGUCAGGAUGUUUACUGAGCACCCAGACAGCAAGUCCUACUUUGCACAUUUCAAAGGAAUGGACUCUGCCGACGACAUGAAACAGUCGGAGCAGGUCAGGGGCCAUGGCAAGAAGGUCUUCACUGCCAUCAACGACAUGGUGCAACACCUGGACAACUCCGAGGCUUUUCUUGGGAUCCUGAACCCACUUGGCAAGAAACAUGCCACCCAGCUGAAGAUUGACCCCAAAAACUUCAGGAUUAUCUGUGACAUUAUCUUACAACUGAUGGAGGAGAAAUUUGGUGGGGACUGCAAAGCUUCCUUUGAGAAGGUGACCAAUGAAAUCUGCACUCACCUGAACAACAUCUACAAAGAGGAGGGUUGGUGAGGACGUGCAACCUCCCGCCUCUUCAAACAUCUCGCCAACACUGAUUUGCUGCUUUUGGGUCUCCAGCCACAGCUGAAAGAAUGGAAAAGUUAAAAAAAGGCAAGAAAAGGCUUCUAUAACAUAGAUUUCAAUGUCAGUAAUUUCCUUAGCAAACUGAGUUUCUACAGCUAAACAAACCCCUCAGAUACAUCAAAACCAACCAACAAAUCCCGACGUGCUUUGCAGCUUCAGUGCUCCAGGUGGGUUCCUACAGCCACGCUCCUUGAAGACUACAUUUUAAGAUGAUGGCUAUAAGCUUGAUGUUCCUAAGAGAAAAGGUUGCUCCUUCUAGCAGCACCAGCCCAGAGAGGCACCAGCAGCUCUUUACCUCAGCUGACACCUCUCCGUCCUCAUGAAAGCUGAGCAGAAGACCGUUUUGAAGCACCACUAGGGACUUUGUAGAGGUUGUUAUUGCGAUGCUUGGGUGCUGUUUCGCGACUGAACUGAAACAACGUGGGGAGUGGUGCGUGGGAAAGACUAACACCUGAGAAAGAGCUGCACGAGCCAGUGGAGUUCCCCAAACUUGGGAGAGGUUUCCCAGAGCAGCUUUCAGUGCAAGUCUUGGCAGCAUUGGAUGGGCUCACCACUGGGCUCCUCUGGGCAGGGAUGAACAUCUCCAGCGCCUGGAUUUCACGGUGCUACUCCCAGCAAAUUGCUCUGGCCACGUACUCAGGAGAGGGAAAUAGUGCUGAGCUGACUAGUUCCCAUGCUACCCAAAAUGCAUCCAGCUGAGGGAGGAGGGCUCAGCUCAGAGUGGGAUUUCUACGGCAGUGCCCUCAUCCUGUCCUGCUGCAGCGCCUGAGCCUCUCCCUUCAGUGGUAACCGAGUCCCAAAGUAUUUAAUUGCUUUUCCCUGUAUUCCUUAGAGGCGGUGAAAUCAUCAGCUAACAACUGCAAAUAGCCACAUGCCAUUUUGCUU